CGUAAAUACUGACGGUUUGAUGUUGGAAAGAGUCGGUCGCUGUGGAUCGUUGUUAGUGCUGGAGAUCAGCAGCAGUGUGUGUGGAGACCCCACUCGAUCAAACUCUAGCUCUCCGAAGACCGGGAAAAGAAAAACAGUCCUGCUUCAGAAGUCUUGUGAGGGCGAGUGAUUCAUAUUAGAGACUGAGAAUUAGAGGCUUCACCACUGUUUAUGUCUCUCGCUAGGUUGCUAACUGGCUGAUCCCCUAAUGGAAAGAACAUCUGAGUUUGUUUGACGUGAGUAUGUGAGCCGCUGAGCGUCUGGAUACAAUGUUUUUCGUGUGUCUUUUAUCGGAGCGUUUCACGCGCCACAGAGUAAAAGCAGCGCGAGCGCUCUAUCCUGAACAAUGAUUCAGAGUAACCGAUCCAGAGACUCACUCCUGCAAGACUGACUAAAGAAACUCUCUCUCAGGCAAGCUUUUUAUGCAUUGGCACAGUGUGCUGCAGAGCAAUGGCUAUGAGAAUGUCUUAGCCCAGUGAGCACUUGCAAGGGGGGACUCUGCUUGUUCCUCCCCCUAUGGCAACUCCAGAUUAUGAGUCAGCACCAGUGAUGGGGAUCCAUUGAGUCCUGUCCCUGACACUAUUCAUUGCCCUUUCCCCCUUUACCCUUUACCCCUACCCUGCCUGGCUAGUGCACGAACAUGCUGCGCUUCCUCCCUCUCAAGCUUGGUCGUCUGUACCGGUGUCUGAAGCUUCUCUUUGUCGUGGGGCUGUUUGUCAUCUUGCUGAUGAACACGCACAACCUUUUCGCCUCAUUCCAAAAGAACGAACUCACUGACCGAAGGUUCAUAAACCUCAACAAGUGCCCAGCCUGCUUUGGCACCAGUUGGUGUCGCAAGUUCAUGAAUGGACAAAUAUCUUUCGAGACUUGGGGUCGCCUUCGCUUCCUGGAUGUCUUCAAUGUGAAAAACGUUUUCUUCGCCCAGUACGGGGAACCUCGUGAGGGUACGAGGAGGAUUGUACUCAAACGGUUGGGUUCCAACCAAGAACUUACCGAUAUUGACCAAAAGAUUUGCAAGCGGGCAACGGGACGGCCUCGUUGCGAUCUGAUCCAGGCCAUGUACAAGACUGAGUUUGCCCGACUUAACGGAGACGUCAGACUCCUAACUCCAGAUGUUGUGGAAGGCUGGUCAGACCUUGUUCAUUGUCCGUCCCAAAGACUUCUGGACAGAAUAGUCAGGAGGUACGCUGAGACAAAAGACUCUGGAAGCUUCCUUCUCAAGAACCUUAAAGACACAGAACGGAUGCAGCUGUUGAUGACCUUGGCUUUCAAUCCGGAGCCCCUAGUUCUUCAGAGUUUCCCUUCAGACGAAGGCUGGCCGUUUGCGAAGUACCUGGGUGCUUGUGGGCGGAUGGUGGCGGUGAACUACGUGGGUGAGGAGCUGUGGAGUUUCUUCAAUGCUCCCUGGGAAAAGAGGGUAGACCUGGCCAAGCAACUGAUGGACAUUGCUGAGCAGCUUACCAACAACGACUUCGAUUUUGCUCUCUACCUGCUGGACGUCAGCUUCGAUAACUUCGCUGUGGGCCCGCGGGACGGGAAGGUCAUUGUUGUGGAUGCGGAGAAUGUUGUGGUGGCCGACAAGAGGUUGAUAAAACAAAAUAAGCCUGAGAACUACGACGUCUGGUAUGAGAGCAAGUUUGAGGAGUGCGACAAGGAGGCCUGUCUUUCCUUCUCUAAAGACAUGUUGUGCUCACGGGUCACAGUGGACCACAACUAUUAUGCCAUCUGUCAAAAUUUGCUUUCACGAUAUGCUACAUGGCGGGGCAGCUCCGGCGGACUUCUUCAUGACCCCCCACCACACAUAGCCAAAGACAGCCAGCUUGAAGCUCUUUUGGAUGAGUGCGCCAACCCCAAAAAGCGGUAUGGCCGCUUCCAAGCAGCUAAAGAACUGCGUGAGUACUUAACCCAGCUCAGUGGUACCGCUAGGUAAUGACCGCCCAUACCUGUCAAUGCUCAACGUUCACUCAUCAAUGUCCGAUGAUGUCUUUAGGAUUUGGGGAUCCCCAUUAGACUUAUGACAGAGAGACGUGAGGUCUGGCGAAGCUUCUGUCCUCUGUAACUCUAUCUCAGACCAAUCGUCCAUCACUACAAUCUGUUAUGUGUACAUUUUGUUUCUCUAAAUCUUUAAAUUAUUGAAAAUACUUCAUUGCAAGGGUUCAUUGCUUUUUAUUCAAUGGUUUAUUUUGCAAUAAAGGCAGCGGUUACAUCCUCAUUGUCAACAUCCUCCGGUGUCUCGCUGGAGGUUUACUUGCAAAAUGGUGAAACUGGGAAAGGCAGCUUGGGAAUGCUAGCACACGAGCAUUAACUUUGUCCAAAACCUUUUAGUGAACGUUCGCCUAAUUGAUUCACUUACAUUCCAGGAAGAAUGAGUUGGCAUAAAGCAUAAUUUUGAGAUGGCAGAGAGGAUGUGGAAAUCUAUACAUAAUUAGAGCAGAUUGGAGGGGAAAUGAGUUGGAAUUGCUUUGCAUAUACCAAAGAGUCUGGUUCUAUGUAACUCUAACCUCUGAAGUAAAAGGGCA